CAGACGAAGACGAGAUUUUGUUGUACUAGAACAGUACUGCCUCAGGGUCGAAGUGUACUACAAAAGGAGGAGUUCACCUUGAUUUUUCCUUGACGUUUCACACGUAGAUUUUAAGCAGUUGGUUUGUUUGUGUGCCAUUGCUGUGGACUAAGGAGAAAACUAAAAUUUUUGAAAUAAAACCAAUCCACAUUCGUUUUUAAAAUGUCGCAGCAGUCUCGUGCAUUGUACAAAACGAUGUUACAUCUUGGCAAAGAUUACCCAGGUGGUUACCCAUAUUUUCGUAAUAAACUAAAAAAUGCUUUCAUGAAGAACAGUGCUCUGAAAGACCAAAAAGAAAUUGACUCAGCAAUAGCAAGAGGAGAAUUUGUUAUCAAAGAACUAGAAGCACUCUACAUGCUAAGAAAAUACCGUGCAUUAAAGAAAAGGUAUUACGAAGAAUGAGGUUGUAUUUCUGAUUAUCAAUACAACAUUGAAAACUUUA